GCGCCGGCACGGCAGGGGGCGCCGGCAGCCAGCGGCGCCGGUCAGGUGACUUAAGGCGCGCAGGAUGGCGGCGUCGGGAGCGGCUGCCCGAGGCCUACCGGGUGGCAGCCGAGACGAAGCGGCGGCGGAGCGGCCCGGCCCCAGCCCUAGAGGCGGGGGCACCGGCGCUGCGGCGGAGAGGAGCCUGGCAAAACGGCUGUCGGCGGCGGCGGCAGCGGCCGGGCCCAGCGCCGUCCCCAGCGGCUGGCAGAAGGUGUCGAGGCGGCGGCAGUCGGGCAGGACGGCAGGGAGGAUCGAUGUCUAUUUUGUGAGCCCUGAAGGACACAAGCUGAGGUCGAAAAGUGCACUUGUGGAGUACUUGCGGCAAAGAGGGGAGACGAGGCUAAAAGCAGAAGAUUUUGUCUUUGCAGCCCCAGCUCAGAGGAGUCCCCGAGGGAGGGGGAAGAGAUGCAGCAGAAAAGUUGCAGGAACUGUUGCAGGGGGUGAGGACUGUCACAGCCAGGUGACAGUCCUCAGCAUGCAGAACGGUGCUGAGGAGACAACUGGAAAGGAGCCCCAGGAAGAGGCUGCUCUUGGGAGCGAAGCUUUGACCACCAAAGGCUUAAACCCAGAGGAGUGUUGGAAAGCCCCAAAAAAGACAGGGGAAAGAAGUGAUCAGAGCACGAGGAGUGGCAAGAGCUCUGGAGAGAGGAGUUCAGCUGACAGCCGGACCAAAAGGCAGAGAGAAGCGUGGAGCAGGCAGGAGGCCAAGGAUGCUGGAAGCAAGGAGCCGUGCAGGAGGAGAGCCUGGCGUGCGGCCCCCUGCCGGGGCACAGCCACUGCACGCCCUGCACCUGUGGGGGCAGCUCUGCCAACACUCAGCAGGGCACGGGCAGGCAUACAGCUGGACUCUGCCACGGCUUGCCCACACGGGACACUGGGCAGCCCAGCAGAGAAGUCUGUGGAGGAGGGUCCUAACGAUGCAUCUUCUGCAGAACCUGAGAAGACCCCUGGACUGGAAACAGGGAGAGAGAGGGAUGGAGGGAACUCAGGGCAGUCCAUGCCACGGACACAAGUGGACAGGAGGAAAACGAGUCCCUAUUUUUCAAGUAAAUGCAGUAAAGAAGCUCCCAGCCCACCCAGAAGGAAGGCCCUCAGGAAAUGGAUUCCUCCACGUUCUCCUUUUAACUUGGUCCAAGAAACACUUUUCCAUGAUCCGUGGAAGCUUCUCAUUGCAACCAUAUUUCUCAAUAAAACUUCAGGCAAGAUGGCAAUUCCUGUGCUCUGGGAGUUCCUCAAGAAGUAUCCUUCUCCACAAGUAGCCAGGGCUGCAGACUGGAGAGAAAUGGCAGAGCUGCUCAAACCUCUUGGCCUCUACGAGCUCAGAGCCAAAACUAUCAUCAGGUUCUCAGGUGAGUACCUGAGCAAGCGCUGGCGCUACCCCAUCGAGCUGCAUGGCAUUGGCAAGUAUGGCAACGACUCCUACCGCAUCUUCUGUGUCAAUGAAUGGCAGGAGGUGCAGCCACAGGACCACAAGCUGAACGUGUACCACACGUGGCUCUCGGAGAACCGGGAGAGGCUGAGCAUCGGCUGAGCAUGGAACAAGCAGCAGCUGCCAGCAGCACCUUGGCUCCUCUGUUUCUGUGCGUGUGCCACCAGCUCGGCUGCCGCGGGCCCGGCCGCUUCCCUUCUCUUUUUCUUAAAUAAAAGUUGCCAGGUUUUGUGGCA